AUGACCCUCAUCAGGCGCAUGGCCGAUGUCACCAAGAACCCUGCCUGGACGGGCCUGAGCUGGGGGAUGGUGCCCAGCCUUGGCAGCGCCAUGUGUGCCGUCACCUGGCACCUGUUCUACAACGCGCCUGCCCUUGAGUGGCUCGUGGAGCUACAGGCGCUCCUCACCCUUCUGGGGAAUUUCACGCUCCUGUGGGCUGCGUACAGGCUGUACAAGGUGCAGAGUGUUCGGCCAUAG